GUUAAUACUUGGUAUUUUUGCAUUCAAUUACUGUCGGAUACCCUGAGUUUGUUGUCUAACUCUUCUUCUUUUAAUCAAUAGUUCACAAUUGUUUUGACAAUUUGCGAGUCUAAUUUUUUGUGUGCGGUGAUACAAAUUAAUUGGAAAUGUCUUAAUACAAUUGAUUUUUUGGUCCAAUCGUUGUUUUAUUGUUAAGCAAUAUUUGAUUAGUAAAUAAUUUUACUAAAUAUAAUAACGAAUUUAUUGAUUAUAAAAUUGUUGGCUACAUUAGUCCUUUAUGUUUGGUAGACCUGAGAGCUAUUUUUUUAACAACGUCUUGACAAAACACGGCUUGUGUGAGAAUGUCGUUUGCAUUUAAGAUAGAUAAAGCAUUGAAGGCCAAUUUGUAUAAAAUAUGUCGCCUUUGUGGAAUUGAUAGAGAUGAUAAAUACGACAUAUUGGAUGCGGAUACGGAUAACCAGGAGCCGGUAGAUUGUGACGAAGAAUUGAAACUACACCAAAAAAUUAUACAAUGCAUUGGAAUAACAGUUUGCAAGGAGGAUAAAAUGCCUCAAAGUGCUUGUGGACUUUGCGUGGAUAAAAUCAAUGAUUUUUAUGAGUUUCGUGAAAUGUGUUAUGCUACAGAUGUACAGACUAGGAAAUUGCUCGGAUUGAAAGUUGGAGUACAGAAAAAGAUCGUGGAUGUCAAACCAUGUAUUGAGAUAAAAGAGGAAGUUGGUGUAAAACGUGGACGUAAACGCAAAUCAGAUGAGAUUAUUGCAAAGGUUGACUCCUCAACUGAUAUAAAGCGGGAAACUGUUCCAAUAAUGCUGGGAAAUAAAAAGCAACGUUUGAACGAGCUACCACCAGAUACGAAAAAGAAAGGCAAAUUUGGGAGAAUAGCUGACAAAGCUUUAAAGCCCAAAGAGGAAAUAAAAGAAGAACCCAUGGAUAUGGAGAAACCGUCAACAACGAAUACCAAAUAUCGACAUGUUUGCAACAUAUGUGAUCAAGGGUUUGUUAGCAGAUUAAAAUUAGAUCAACAUAUUGCGGCAAUACAUACGCCUAACAUCCCACGAUAUAUUUGCACGGCUUGCAAUGAAACUAUAAAAAAAACCAAUGACAUUAAAAGUCAUCAGUUAUGGCAUAAGUUAAGUAAAACGCCUUAUAUAUGCGGACAUUGUGGCCAAUCACUGAUCAGUUCCUACGCGUAUUCUAGACAUCUUCGAGACCACACUGUGGAAAUACCUCAAAAUUUAUGGGUGCUCGAUCGUGAAUGCCCUCAAUGUCAUCAAACUUUCCUCACAAACUUUCUUUACAAUACACAUCCAUGCGCUGUGCGGACUAAAAAGUGUGCAGGUUGUAAUCGUCAGUUACGUAAUGAGGUUGAGUACCUGCGUCAUGCAGCACAUUGUGCUAAAGUUUAUUUGAAUUACUCAAAACAUAUACCAGUUGCUGCCCUCGCUGCAGAAUCAACAAUUUGUAUUAAAAAUGAAAACGAAGUAGAGGCAGCUGCUGCCGAAGCCUUCGUUCGCAAUGCUGGCAUAUCGUUGGACAUGACACCAAUCGUAUCUUUAACUCGAAUUUCCACCCCUGAAAUAAUAGCAGCUAGCCAUGGCACUACCACAACAGAAUAUUCCAAUGAUAGUACUGGAAUACUACUUGACGAUGCAAAAAUGUCAGGAAAAAAGGGCAGUAAAAAAGGAGUCUCUCGUAAAGAUCUUAAAAGAGUGGAUAAUUUAUUAAAAUCUACAUUAGAUGUUCUGGUUAGCAUUAAACAUGAGCCAGAGGUACAUGUAGAAAUUGAUUCUGAAACACCAGCGCCGUCCGAUGAAACUGCCAAAACAGGCGAGGAGUCUGCAGUGACGAGCGAUGUUGGUUUUAUUAAUGGUGAUAAUUUUCAUCAUGGAGAUGAUGAUGAUGAUGAUGAUGGUAAUAACAAAAUUGAUGACGAGAGUCAAGCAGCUAGUGGACAUACAACGGAUGUAGCAAUCAAACUUGAACCAGUUGAAGAUGGUUUUGUUCACAACGAUUUACAAAUUAAGCAAGAAGCAAAUGACAUUUACAAUGAGAAUCCAUCUCCAACCACAAAAAUGCCAGUAUUAAAAUUGAAAAUCAAGAAAGAGCAUGGCACAUUAAAUUCAUCAAUUGUAGAAGAACAAAAUGUUCGAGUCGAAAAGAAAAAGAAGAAGAAAAAACGAAAAGAUGCGAUCAGAAGUAAGGAUAAAUUUUUGGAUGAAAAUGAAGUUUUGCCUGUGGAUGGGUCUCUGCACGAAAAUUCUGAAGGGGCAGGGGAUAGUCUCACAAACCAAAUAUUUUUGAGGCCUAUCAAACAGGAGCAACUGGGCGAAACUGAUGAAGAAUAUGAGGGUAAUAAACUCGAAAGUAAUGAAUCGGUACAUACAGAAACUACCGUCAUGACUACAAUACCAAUACCGCAAUUCCAAAUAACUGCGAUUUCGAGUGGUGUCGAAUUCGCAUCGUCUACCGAAGGGGAGGCUAAUGAUGAACCCAGUGAAGCAGCGACAACAACACGCACUGCUCAUGUUCAAGAAGAAGAUGAGGAUAUCAAACCGAACAAAGCUGAAUUAGAUCGUUUAUUUGAAAUUACUAAUGUUAGUUGCGGUGUGCAGAUGGAUCAAGAACCAGAAAGUGAAAUUGAUAAAGAAGCCGACUGUAACACAGAAAAUUCAAACCCUAAGGUUCCAGUUACAAGUAUGGCACAACGAAAAUCUCCCAAAACAAUACAUAAAGUUGUUAGGCAUAAAUUUUCAGAACAAAAAGUUGUGACGCAAAGCCGGUCGGCUAGGGCUUUCAAGUCAACAUCAGGAGUUAGUAAGACAAUAGUAAAUACCAACAGUGGUAUUGCUGAAUCUAAUUUGGGAAACGUUCACCAAAUUCAAAUUAAACCUGAACCAGUUGAUCGUGGUUAUGAGGAUAUAUUCAAUGCUUAUGAGUCAGCUACAAAUUCUUCUGCAGCAGAGACAUUACAAUCUUCCAUGAGAGAGAUUGCUGAGCAGGAUUAUAUAAAUAAAAUUGAUUUUGCAACUAUACAAAUCAAACAAGAAAAAGACAUUGAAGUGUCCGACGUCGAAAUGACAAAUACACAUAUCGUGGGAAAUGCUGUACUCAACGGUAAGCGUUCGAACGGUGGAGAAUCUCAAUAUUGUGAAAACGAUGAAGACUCUGAUAGUGUAGAUAAUGAAGAAACCGAUGAUGAUGAGGAUGACGAUGACAAUGAUGACGAUUGGGUAGGCAUUAAGAAAGUAGUAGAAGAGAAACGUGAGUACCGUGAACUCGAGAUGCCACCGCUGUUAUCAACAGAAGUGCAAGAGUCAAAUGAAAAUGUACACGUUUCUCAAAGUACGUUUCCUACGCGUAACUUAAAAGUAUCACUUAUCGAAAUUGCUGAUGAUUUCUCAUCAGUGGGGCACGCGUUGGAAAGUGGGAACGUCGAACAAAACACAUCGGAGUGCGUCUUAAAUAACACUACUUCAUUAAAUGAACCUAUCACAAGUGCAUUACUAGUACCUCCUUUAAUGAUAACAGGCAUUUACAGCCAAAGCGACGGUGGGGUACCAGUUAAGUCCCCCCAAACAAAUGUUGCAGUUACGCCCCAUAGUGAAAUAGAGUGUGCGCAUGGUGAGAAUGAGCCUAUCGUUGAAAUGCCAACUUUAAAAAUUACAAGUGUCAUAGCUGGCUGUUCGAAUAGCUUUGUUGAUCUUCCACAAGAUUAUAACCAAUUAAUCGAGAAAACCCCACCCCAAUUUGCUGGGCAACUAUCGAAGGUUGAUGAUGUGAGUGAACACAGGGAUUCUAUAAAUGAAGUCACAGGUACGUACCCAGAAGCUCGUACGAUGAGCUUUGAGGUAAAUCAGAACAAAGAUGGUCUUCUUGAUGCUCAGCCAUUUUCUGAUGUUCGAACGGAAACCGAAGGUUCGUCACAAACGAUAUUACAUACCAACAUAGCUUCUAAUUCUGCGCAGAACCAUCCUGCAGAACUGUUGGGUGAGAGCUUGGUUGAAGAAGAACAGAAUUUUCUUAAUCAAGAAGUUGUCGAAGCACAAGCAAUACAACGAUUAAUACAUGAUUCCGAUCAACCUAUUCCACUGAUUGCGCCAGCACAAAACGUUGAAGAGGCCGAAAAUCUUAUGAACGAAAGCGUGGCGGAGGCGCAACUGCAGCAGCGACAAGAACCACAAGCUGAGUUUCACACAGGAGGUAACAUGUCCUUGCUGACAAGUGUUCAAGAAUGCUGUGACAGCGCCAGUGGCAGUGUUGAAGGAUGUAGUCAAAUUGGAAGGCUCAAUCACACCUUCCUGCUGGAUGAGACUAACAUUAAUGAAAUCGCCGAAAAUAACAAUAAUGCAAAUAUUGAGCGUGAAUUACAAGAUGAGGCAACAACUACUGCGAGCUCAAACACAGUUAACUCCAUCGAUAGUGACACUGAUAGGCGAAGCAACACAGAUAUCAGAGAUACGCAAACAACUGAUAUAACAUGAAAGCAAAAAUAAAUUAGGUACGAUGCUACAUUUUAACAAAAUAUAUAUAAUAAAUAUUAUAGAGUCGGAAGUUCAAUUAGAAUUAUGCUAUUAUUGAUAUUUAUUAUUUGUGGGCUUUAAAGCGUUUAAAGCAACCGAUGUUCGCUAAUUAUCCAGUAAGUAAAUGGUAUAAUUAGGUAUAUUUUUGCUUUUAUUUUACAUAAUAUGUACAUUAACUUGAGCAUAAAACGUAUAUUAGAUUUCUUUCAAAGUGUAAACAGAAAAUAUUUAAUAUUUGUCAGAGGAUCCAUACCUUUUUUAGUAUAGCUAUCACUUAUUCAUUAUUAAAUUUGGAAAGAGAGUGAUGCCUAAAUUAUUUAUACAAAUUAUUUACGAGACAGUUGUGUAAUCAUGAGCGCAACCACCUCUACUAGAGUAAAGCUUUCUUAUUAUUAAUAUUUUUGUUUUGAUUGAUACUUGUAUACUUGCACACCCAUACACAUUAAUGUAUUAAUAAAAUGUAUAUUAAAAUAAUUUUCUAGCAUAUAGCAAUGCCAUAUUGCCAAUUUGUAAAUUACGUAUAUGUAUAUGUGAAUGGAAAAAGCAUUAUAAGUACAUUAUUUUUUGUAAGCAAAACGUAUCAAAAAUAUUAAUAAUUACAUAAAAUAGAUUACUAAUAAAUUCGUAAUAUACCAACAUUAACAAUUCCAGCAAUAUUUAUUUUUGGAUU